UUAAAUAACUUGUCAUGGCCACCAUUGUUCCUCGAAAUAUCUGGGGCUGAAAUUUUCCUUCAAAGUAAUUAUCACAGUGUCAAUUCGGUCAAGUUCAAAUUAUUACCUAACACUAAAACCCCCACUGCACGAAGCAGGAAAACUCAUCCGAUCUACCGCCCGGCGAAUACUACUGCAGCCAAUCAAAGCCUCACACAUGGCUGCCCAAAUUGGUGAUUCUACCGCUGAUCGCAUUUCUCGGAUUUCCUCUUCCAUCCGGGUCAUACCCGACUUCCCCAAACCCGGAAUUAUGUUUCAGGAUAUAACGACUUUGCUUCUUGAUCCCAAGGCAUUUAAGUACACGAUCGAUUUGUUUGUUGAGAGAUACACGGGCCAAAAUAUUAGUGUUGUUGCAGGCAUCGAGGCUAGAGGUUUCAUAUUUGGACCUCCAAUUGCGUUGGCUAUCGGGGCCAAAUUUGUUCCCAUGAGAAAGCCUAAGAAGUUACCUGGUAUAGCUCUCUGUUCCUAUCUUUGUUUGUUUUGUCCAUUUUUAUAGUCACUGUUGUACACACAGUAUGUUUUGAAUUUUCAUGAUGUGUUCUUUUGUCAAAAAUAUACGAUGCAUGUUCUAUCAGCAUGAAAAGAGAUAAAAUUAAAUAAAUAAAUUUGCAAGAACACAUGCCCUCAUGCCUUGUUUAUGCUACAUUAGUUUAUUUUAUUUUAUUUUUUAAAUCUAUUAUUAGAAGUUUGACAUGCAUGAUGAUCGAAAAUCAACUGCACUAUAUCUUAUGACAUGUCAGAGGUUUUUCUUUUGUAGCUGAGUAACAA